AUGCUUGAAGACAACGACGACGAAACGUACAGCAUUCGGGAUAUGCUAUUCCCCAAGCUCCCCUUUAAGGAGCUUGGCAAGCCAAGAGAGGCGUUGCAAAAAGUCUCCAAGUCGAUGACCUUGAAUUCGGGCAGAGACGCCGGUGUCAAAGAUAUGCGGGACCCGAUAAUCUUCUGCGACCUAGACCGAUUUGAAAAGAUCGCCUCUGUCAAAGCCGGAGAGCCGGAUGCUUACAGAAACAAGCUGACAAACAAGAUCGACGAUGACCCAAACGGGAUGCUCGUCACUUGUAUGAAUGAAAAGAAGAUCACCGGCUAUUCCAGCAGAUUUGAGGGGGAGGAUUCGGCAAAUAGUCAGGAUUUCAUUCAACUUUGCCCCUGGUGGUUGAAAUUGAUGGAACGAGACGAUGUUCAAAAGGAUCUCAGUAAAUGGGAUGACGCGAAAUGGGCCAAGAUGAAUCUGGAUCAUUAUGAUUUCAAGCCAACGCAGGAGACUUGGCUAGAUACGAUUUACACAUUUGAGCGUACUCUUAUCCAUGAGUUCUCUCACACGGCCAAUGGUGGUAUGACGGCAGAUAUGAAGGGCCCGGAUGGAUCGACGCUGUAUGGAUGGCAAAAAUGUGCCAGUCCCCCGCUCGGUCUUAAGAUGUAUAAUAAUGCCGACUCUGUGGCCCUGUUCUGCGUUGCCGCGGACUUGGCGAAUAAAAAGAUGCAGAGGCCAUUGAAGGAUGGAAAUUUGAAGAGAUUGUGUGCGGGCCCGGGCAAGCCGUACCCGGGAAGCAAUAAGAAAUGUGAUAUAAUGUAG